AUGGCAAGGUAUGGCUACAUUGUAAUGACUAAAGUGGCAGACGUGGUUGAGAAUGAUGCUUGGGGAUGGCCGGAGGCCUGGAGGAGCGUUUACCCGGUGCUCUUUCAGCUUCCUUCAAUAAAUAUAACCAAUGCUCCGGACCAGAUCUUGUGGAGAAAUGCAGAAGGUAAAUUGGUUCCAUUUGCUACAAAGGAGGUAUGGAAUACAAUUAGAAUCCAUGGGCAACCGAAGGAUUGGUCAAACUUUGUUUGGUCAGCGUCCAGCAUUCGUAAGCACGCGUUCUUGUGCUGGCUUAUCCUUAAGAGAAAGUUGUGGACACAGGAUCGUAUUAUGCAGUGGAAUCGCAUGGUUCAUGGAUCAAUGAACCAAAUGUGCUGUUUGCUGUGCUAUGCAGAUCUUGAAACGCAUGAACAUCUAUUUUUUCAAUGCUCUUACUCUAAAAAAGUGUGGAACAUUGUUAGCAGUAAAGCGGGAAUAACCAUGGUUAAUGAAAAAUGGGAUGAGAUUGUUGAAUGGAUGAUACCGAGAGCGAAAUCGAAGGCAAUCUCGCUGGUAGCUAGCAGGCUUAUUAUUGCGGUGGCGGCCUAUGUCAUAUGGAGUGAGAGAAAUGCCAGAUUUUUUAGCAACCGUUUGAGGCCUCCGGAGCAGAUUUCUGACGUCAUUAUGAGCACGGUUCGAACAAAGUUAAUAUCGUUUAAAUAUAAAGCUAAUGUUGAUGUCCGAAGGUUUUUGAAAGAGUUGAAGAUCGAUGGGGUCGAGUUUUUUGAUGAAGACUGA